AUGGGACACGACGGUGAUGGUGCCGCUGCUGGCGCCUCAUCACAGCCGAAUGGCUCGGUCACUUGGCUUCUACCAUCACUUGAUCGUUUACAACCAUGGAUGAUUCCGAUUGCCGCAUCAGAAAUCAUACCAUCCCCGAUACAGCCGCGAAAAAUUUCCAUCAAUGAUCGACUGUUUGAAGUUCGAACACCCCGGCCGGGUGAAAUGAUCAAAGAGGCGGUGCAGAUGGCAGUAUGGCCCGCAUUACCAAGGUGA